AUGCUGCCCCACUGCCUCCACGGUCAGCAUGACCACACCGAGCGGGGAUGUGAGCUGCCAGUCGAGUUGGAGGUAGUGGAGGAGGGCACCACUGGAUACAUUGAGCAUACUCUGUGGCUCUUCAGGUGGCAUUCGACGCGGUGGUACGGCAGCUGUUGGAAGGCUCUGUGGCUUCAAGGCAGCAGGGCUAUGCCCGGCGUCUUACUUGUGCACACGUGGGUGGAGCAGUUCAGCACUCGGGGGAGCACUGGGGUGGGUGGCAUCACUCGAUUUAGCACUCGGGAGCGUGUCCGUCUGUCCAUCUGUCGGGGUGCGAAAGCGAGUGCGGCAAACGAGUGGGUGCCGCUUGCUUCUGGGAGACUGUGCAAACUCGCGAACCUGUCGUAUGGACCUGUACGUAGCACAAAAAACUUGGCUACAUUUGUGGCAGAGGUGGUGGACUCAUUACCAGGGACACCAGCUAUUGCGGCUGGCAGUAGCAGCGGCGAUGUGGAUGUAGUGUGCUGCUCACAGCUGAUGGCUAACUACCACUCGGUUUGCAACACCGCCAUCUAG